UUUUUAACCGAGCACACCAUGUCGUUCCACGUCGUAGAGGCGCUCGCCGUUGCGCUAUGCGCCGUCGUCCUCGUCGCUGGGGAUUAUCAGCUUCCUGGAACCGUGAAUACUUGUAAGAAGGAUGCCGAUGACUUUUCAUCCUGCUUGAGACUUGCCAUUCAAGAGUCAUGGCCCACAUUCGUUGAAGGAUUGUCAGAUUUCGGCAUACCAAAAUUGGACCCUUACUACGUCGAGAGCCAAUCCGCUGAAUACCAAAAUGGCCAGCUUCAUGGAAAAAUGUCGGCUUCGGAUCUUCGAACGUACGGUCUUGCCAAAGCACGCUUCUUGGCCGUGAGACCGGAAAUGACCGGCGAUUUCUUCCGACUGGAAAUUGACGUCGAGUUACCGAAGAUUCUGAUGGACGGUGAUUACAAAGCCGAGGGCAAUUUUGGUAGCUUCAAAGUUGGUGGAAAAGGAUUCUUCAACGUCAGUAUGGAGGACAUCAAAUGCACCUGGGACAUUACUGGCAAUGUCGUGGACGACAGAUGGGUCAUCGAGCAUUUCAAAAUGGCACCCACAGUUGGGAACAUGAAGAUCUGGUUCAGUGAUCUCUUCAACGGAAACGAAGAUCUGAAUCGUGCUGCUCUGAUCUUCGUUAACGAGUACUGGCCCCUGGUGUACCGCGGAAUGCUACCAAAACUGAUGGAACUGUGGGACGUGCACAUGACCGAGCUCACCAAUAAUUUCUUCUCGAAGAUACCAUUCUCGACGGUGUUCCCUUGAGACACGUCCAAGUUGUAGCAAAUAAAAUAAUUAAAAAAAAAAAAGAAAUCGGACUGGUGACGGAAAGCAGCUCGAUAGAGCUUGUGAUGGAGGUAGAGGAAGGCGGAAUGAAAGAAAGAAGCGAAGGACAUGUUGAAUAACACAGUAUAAUGCGAACAAUUCUAAGGACACGUUGUAAAAUUCAUUUAACAUUUAAAUCGUCUGUUCUUCCAGUAUUAUUUGCUAAUGAGGGCACACCUGUGAUUGUUACCAAGCUUAUACGAAUUGUUAAUUGUUAUUGGACGAAGUUUAGGUGAUGUAAAUAAAAGAGAAACCAAUGCCAAAUGUUAA